AUGGAGGAAGAGAUGGAGGAAGAGAUGGAGGAAGAGAUGAAGGAAGAAAUGGAGGAAGAAAUGGAGGAAGUAAUGGAGGAAGAGAUGGAGGAAGAGAUGGAGGAAGAAAUGGAGGAAGAAAUGGAGGAAGAAAAUGGAGGAAGAGAUAAAGAAAAAGGGCCAGUCGCAGAGUGCUGUUGCAUCAGCCUUUGA